AUGUCGUCCAACAAAAAGAAAACAGUUCGUUCACCAUAUCCUUUUCCAACAAAAUUCCCAUCGCCAAUUGAACAAGCAUCCUACAAGACCUACAAUUGGAUUGAGAACACACUUUGGCCUAUCAAACCGAUUCCAUUCGUUGCCACAACCGUUGCUCUGGCGGCCACCCUACACUACAAAUACCCAGAAAAUGCGAUUCUUGAUCUUCUUCCAAAGUUCGGAUCGGAAGUUGCUGAAAUUGCAAAAACCACUGCAGUCGCGGCAAUUGGAUCCUACGCAGGAGUAUUCACACUUCGAAAACUUCUCAAGCACUUCUACUUCUCAUACAAAGGAUUCUUGUUUGACAACCCAAAGAAGCCAUGUUUGAAAACGAAAAUUUGGGGUAUUGUCCGACACAUUCUCUCAAUUUCCCCACCAAUCCUUGAAUCUUGUGAUCGCCUUCUUCCGAGUCUCCCGGUACCAGCUCUCAAAGACACUAUUUCUGAAUACCUUGACUCCAUGAAACAUAUUCUAUCAGAACAAGAGUACGAGAUUGUCGCCAAGCAAGCACAUGAGUUUCUGGAAAACGAGGGAAAGAAGCUUCAGAGAUACACGUGGAUCUACUCUUUGUUCACCGACAACUAUGUCACCUCGUUCUGGCAAAAGUAUGCAUAUCUUCAUGGGAGAUACCCACUUAUGAUUAAUAGCAGUGUUGCUCAUUGUGACUUGCUCCGAGACAAAGAAGCAACACGAGCUCACAGAGCAGCUCGAGUAACCUGGAUUGAAGUCAUGUCGCAUCUUGCAAUUGAUCGUCAACAGUACAAGGCGCUUGGCGACGGACUUGUCUGCACCAGACAUUACAAAAAUAUGUAUGCAGUAACCCGAGAACCAGGGAAGAAGAUUGAUCAGCUGAUAUUGCACGGAAUUCAGAAGCACAUUGUAGUGGUGUUGCGUGGAAAAUACUAUAAGAUUCACGUGGUUGAUGAUAAGAACAACAUCUACACUGUGGAACAAUUGACGAAAAUUUUCCACGAAAUGAUUUCCCGAGACGAGAAGGAGGAAGGGGUUAUUGGAAAAAUCGCAGCAUUGACCCACGAUACCAGGGACUCUUGGCACAGAAACCGUCAAAAGUAUUUCCUUGGAAACGUGAAAAAUGCUCAAAUCCUCAAGGAAAUCGAGUGUGCUGUAUUCUUUUUCACACUCGAUGAGAAUGAUGAUUAUGGAUAUGAUGAGAAGAAACCCGAAGUUCUCAGCAACUUCCUUGCCAAUUGUCUUUCUGGAGAUGGAACUAAUCGAUGGGUUGAUAAGUCUCUUAAUUAUAUUUGUUCGAAAAAUGCUCGAUGCGGUGGAACAACUGAGCAUUCUAUUGCGGAUGGAGCAGAAUUUGAUCAUAUUAUGGAAAACUUUGUAUAUGUAGAUUUGGAAGUUUUGAAAUACAAAUCAAUUGAAGAGCAAGAGAAAAUGGCAGUUAUUGAAGAGAAUGAUAAGAAAUCUCUGAAGCUUGCUACUCCAUUGAACUUUGAAGUUCCAGAUCAAGAGAUGCUCUCCGAGAUCACUCGCUGCUACGAUGCUCAUCAAAUCGCCAAGAAUGACCUUGACCUGUAUGCCCUUGCAUUCCGUGAUUUUGGAAAAGGACGUAUCAAGAAGUGUGGUGUCUCACCAGAUGCAUUCAUUCAAAUGGCUAUUCAACUUGCCAACUAUCGAGAUCAAGGCAAAUUUGUGCUCACAUAUGAACCAGCAUCAGCUCGAUUCUUUGCAAACUCGAGGACCGAAACUUUGAGAACAGUUAACGAUCACUCUUGUGAAUUUGUGGAAGCUAUGUUGAAUGCAAAUGAAACGAAAGAAGCCAAGAUUGCUCUUUUGAAAAAAGCUUGUGAAACUCAUGUUCUUCGAAACAAGAAGUGUAUGGUUGGGCAAGGAGUCGAUCGUCAUCUCUUUGUUCUGUAUAUUUUAUCUCAAGGAACGGGGAUUCAGAGUCCUUUCCUUGACAAUUAUAUUAAUCAAAAGUGGAAGCUAUCUACCUCACAUGUUCCAAACGUGACUAAUCAAUGCGACGAGGACACUGAUUCAGACAACACUUGGCUCGGAGCAUGCUUCGGAGCAGUCGCUGCUGAUGGCUACGGAAUCUGCUAUCGCUUUGGAGGAAACCACGGAAUCUUUGCAAACAUCACAAGUUAUCAUUCCGCUGCCAACACUGAUUCAACAAAGUUUGCAAAGUUGCUCUCCGAAUCGUUCCACGAACUUUCAAACCUUUUCGUUUGAACCAUCCCAUUUUGUAACAAACGGUUUUAUACCCAUAACUUGUACCAAUUUGAACUCAUUCUGCACUAUCAUUCUAACCUGUUUCAUAUAUUACUGUCACUCAGUCAAUAAAAUAAUUUUUAUU